ACACACAAAAACAAAAGUCAGUAACUUAAUCCUUGGUCUCUCCUCUCCAUCCUCAUCCUCUGUUGCAAGCUUUCCUACCUACAAAACCACAUACAUAAACCAAACUAAACCCAACGCAAACCUUGAAUAUAAAAACAUACCUUAAACAAACCGACCAAAACCUCUUCAAAUCAUCAUUUAAUGGAAGCGAAGAUCAGAGGGGCCUUCGAGUCCGUCGGUUCCUUCUUCACCGGCGGCGAUCAUAUCCCAUGGUGCGACCGUGACAUCAUUAUUGGCUGUGAGAGGGAGGUUGCAGAAGCUGCUGAGGGUGACUUAGAUGAACUUAAAAGGGAUACCAUAAUGCGAUUGUCAUGGGCUCUUGUUCACUCUAAACAACCAGAAGAUGUCCAGCGUGGGAUAGCUAUGCUUGAAGCAUCAUUGGCAAAUAGUAGCCCCCCUUUGCAACAGAGAGAGAAGAUUUAUCUUCUGGCCGUGGGAUAUUACAGAAGUGGUGAAUAUUCAAGGAGCAGGCAGCUGGUGGACCAGUGUUUGGAGAUUGCACCUGAUUGGAGGCAGGCUUUGGUCCUGAAGAAGACACUUGAAGAUCGAGUUGCUAAAGAUGGUGUUAUUGGAAUAGGCAUCACUGCUACUGCCGUGGGACUGAUAGCUGGUGGAAUUGCUGCAGCAUUGGCUCGCAAGAAAUGACAACUCUCAACCGCUACAAUGCUCAUAAAAAAAAAAUAUAUUAAAAAACUGUAGCAUCUCUCAGUUUUUUGUAUGUUACAAAUGCUAUAUCGUUUGUAGUUACCAAAAUAAGAGGGGCUUUAGCUAUGAGUUGGUUGUGUACCAUAUGGCCAUCUUUGAAUCAUUAACUCUUUGUAAGUAUUUGCUAUAGCAGCAACCUUUGACAAUUUUGAACUU